UUCACAUCUCUGACUCAAAAGGUGAUGCCAGACAGUCGGUGCACGCCUCGGCUGAUCCCCAUAGCUGCUCCCUCCUCCUCCUCCUCCUCCUCCUCUCUCUCUCUCUCUCUCUCUCGCUUCCUCCUCUUCAUCAGACUCGGUGCGGGCUGACGCGUGUAGCCGCAUACAGAGCGCGGAGCCGCGGAGCGUCGUUGCGCGCAUCAUUGCUUAAUUGUUCUCCCGGUCGCUGACGCAGAGCAGAAGAUUCCAGACGCGUUUCUCGCCCUCCUGUGUUGGAAACGAGGGACAGUUGUGGAUUACAUCCAUCAGCCACACGCCAUGUGACACGGCUCUGCCAGCGCUUGCUUCAAGUUGAACUGGUUCAGCAAGUGGUCGACUGGAGGGAGGCAGAGAAAGACUUGAAAACCAAAGGUGCUGAUGGGAAAAUGGAAGUUUUGCUGGCUGGCUCGCUCCUCUGAGGAUGCGCUGGUGAUUGGUGCAGGGGGAGGCUGCGUCGCCUAGGUCGGGAAUCACCGGUCAGUCCAAGCGGACCUGCUUUUUUAGAAGCUAUUUCACAGAUGCGCUCGCAUCCUUCCCAUCGGAUCCUCCGCCCAGACUACGGUUCGAUGUUGGCUCCGUGACUCCCCGGGAUUCUGCGCUUCGAUUCCCACGCAGAGCAGCAUCACAGUCGGGAACGUUCACCCGGAAUUUCCUUCUGCUUCCCUCAGAUGGACUAAAAAAGAAGCCCUCCACCCUCCGGAUUUCAACCAGCCGUGUUGUGGUAUUACUUUUUUUCUUUAAAAAAACAACAACGGGGAAAUCCGCGCUGACAACAUGAAAGUUAUCACUGCCUUGUUGCUGGUUGGCGUUUUUUGGAGCCAGGAAUGGAAGUCGGUGCUCGCGGAUUCGAUCAUCCACAUUGGGGCGAUCUUUGAUGAGUCAGCACGAAAGGAUGACGAGGUCUUUCGCCUUGCUGUGGCAGAUCUCAACCUCAACAACGAGAUCUUGGAGACGGAGAAGAUCACCAUCUCUGUCGAGUUUGUCGAUGGGAACAACCCCUUCCAGGCAGUGCAGGAAGCCUGCGAGCUGAUGAACCGUGGCAUCCUGGCGCUGGUCAGUUCAAUUGGUUGCAUGUCGGCUGGCAGCCUUCAGACCCUGGCCGACGCCAUGCACAUCCCCCACCUCUUCAUUCAGCGCUCUCCGGCGGGAACCCCUCGCUCUUCCUGCCCUCCCACCAGUCGUGUCCCUGGAACAGAUGACUACACCUUAAUGGUCCGCCCACCUGUGUAUCUCAACGAGGUCAUCAUGCAAGUGGUGUCUGAGUACAGCUGGCAGAAGUUCAUCCUCUUCUAUGAUUCUGACUUUGAUAUUCGUGGCAUUGAGGAUUUUUUGGACCAGACCUCGCAGCAGGGGAUGGACGUGUCUCUUCAGAAAGUGGAAUCUAAUAUCAACAUGAUGAUCACGAGCCUAUUCAGGACUAUGCGAGUGGAAGAGCUGCAUCGUUACAGAGACACGCUACGGCGAGCGGUGCUAUUCAUGAGCCCAGCGACGGCGAAAGCUUUCAUCUCAGAAGUGGUGGAGACCAACUUGGUGGCCUUUGACUGUCACUGGAUCCUGAUCAAUGAGGAGAUCUCGGACUACGACUUGCAGGAGCUGGUGAUGAAGUCGAUUGGCAGGCUGACGCUGGUGCGGCAGACCUUCCCCAUGCCCCAGAACACCACACAGCGCUGCGUGAAGCACAACCACAGGAUCAACACUUCACUGUGUGACUCUAAAAGCCCCCGGGCUCAGCAGCUGGAGAUCACAAACCGCUACAUCUACGACACGGUUCUGCUGCUGGCCAACACCUUCCACCGAAAGUUAGAGGACAGGAAGUGGCACAGUAUGGCGAGUCUGAGCUGCAUCAGGAAGAACUCCAAACCUUGGCAGGGUGGAAAGAGCAUGCUGGAAACUGUAAAAAAGUUCGGUGUCAGCGGCCUCACAAGUUUCCUGGAGUUUACUGACAAUGGCACCAACCCAAACAUCUUCUUUGAAAUACUGGGAACGAAUUAUGGAGAAGAUAGGGGACGAGGAGUCAGCAGGCUGGCCACAUGGGAUCCAGUUCAUGGAUUAAACGGGACUCUGUCAGACAGGAAAUUGGAAAACAACAUGAGAGGAGUGGUGCUACGUGUGGUCACAGUUUUGGAGGAGCCGUUUGUUAUGGUGUCUGAAAACGUCCUGGGAAAACCAAAGAAGUAUCAAGGCUUUUCGAUCGAUGUCCUGGAUGCUUUGUCCAACUACCUGGGCUUCAAGUAUGAGAUCUACAUUGCACCUGACCACAAGUACGGCAGCUUGCAGCCUGACGGUCAGUGGAAUGGACUCAUGGGGGAACUAGUCUUCAAGCGAGCUGACGUGGGACUCGCUGCCCUGACCAUCACACCUGAGCGGGAGAGCGUUGUGGACUUCACCACACGCUACAUGGAUUAUUCUGUGGGCGUUCUGCUGCGAAAGGCCGAGCGCACUGUCGACAUGUUUGCCUGCCUGGCACCCUUCGACCUGUCGCUGUGGGCGUGCAUCGCCGGCACUGUGCUCUUAGUUGGCAUCCUGGUCUACCUGCUCAACUGGCUUAACCCACCCAGGCUGCCCAUGGGCUCAGUGUCCUCCACAACUCUGUACAAUUCCAUGUGGUUUGUUUAUGGCUCCUUCGUGCAACAAGGUGGCGAAGUCCCGUACACAACCCUGGCCACCAGAAUGAUGAUGGGAUUUUGGUGGAUGUUUGCCUUGAUUGUCAUCUCCUCCUAUACGGCGAACCUCGCAGCCUUCCUGACCAUCACACGCAUUGAGAAUUCCAUACAGUCUCUCCAGGACUUAUCCAAGCAGACGGAGUUGCCGUAUGGUACCGUGCUAGACUCGGCCGUCUAUGACCAGGUGCGCUCCAAGGCCAUGAAUCCCUUCGAGAGAGAUCCCAUGUACUCGCAGAUGUGGCGGAUGAUUAACCGCACAGGUGGUGCUAAUAACAACGUGGAGGAGUCAAAGGAAGGCAUCAGAAAGGUCAAGUUUGGUCGCUUCGGUUUUGUGUGGGACGCAGCUGUUUUGGAGUAUGUGGCGAACAACGAUGAGGAUUGUGCCUUCUACACUGUCACCAGUAACGCGCCCGAUCGUGGCUACGGCAUCGCAAUGCAGCACGGAAGCCCCUACAGAGACGUUUUCUCCCAGAGAAUCUUGGAGCUUCAGCAGAACGGCGACAUGGAUAUCCUGAAACUCAAGUGGUGGCCAAAGGACAGCCCCUGUGACUUGUACAGCUCACUCCAGACGCGACAGCACACUAAUGCCCUGGAUAUCCAAAGCUUUGCAGGGGUCUUCUGUGUCCUCGCCGCUGGCGUGGUCCUGUCCUGCCUCAUUGCCAUGGUGGAAAGCUGGUGGUCUCGGAGGAAGGGAUCUAGAGUCCCAUCCAAGGAGAACUCAAGUUACUGCUCUGGAUAUCUCAAGGACGAUAAGGAGAUCGACCUGGAGCACCUACACCGCCGGGUUAACAGCUUGUGCACAGAGGACGAAAGCCCCCAUAAGCAAUUCUCCACCUCUUCCGUCGAUCUGACCCCCCUGGGCAUGGACGCGCUGCCCGCUGCGCGGCAGGCGCUUGAGCAAAUCAGCGAUUUCCGCAACACCCACAUCACCACCACCACCUUCAUCCCGGAGCAGAUCCAAACCCUCAGCCGCAGUCUCUCAGCCAAAGCCGCCGCAGGAUUUUCUGCUGGUUUCGGAAGCGGUGGUAGCGGCCUUCAAGACCACCGGACUGGUGGGGUUGGUCCGUUCAGACAAAGGGCCCCCAAUGGUGGCUUUUUCCGCAGCCCUAUCAAAACAAUGUCCUCAAUACCCUACCAGCCCACAGGACCAGGACCCAACUUUGGAUACGGCAAUGAUCCAGACAGAGGAACUUCUAUAUAAGAGGGCUCAGAUGGUGCAAAGGGAACGGGAGGCUGUGGAGUGAGAGGAGCGCUAGGUGCAGUCAGUUAAAGGGUCCCAAAAUAGGCAUCUGUGUACAUAAGAAUCUUUACAUUUUUAGUUCUGCUUGGGCGCUUGUAUCCAGAGAUCGAGCGGGGGAACUGCUAAGGUCUACCUAAAAUCUAUGUGGUCAAAGGGUCCUGAGUCUUUGCUUUACUGUUGUUCUUGUGAUUGUUUGGGGGAUCAUUUGGGGAGAAAAUGUGUGACAUGGGGUAUUUUUAUUGGUUUGGUUAAACAAGACUACAUGUAUUGACUCUGAAUCUUAUCUAAACUUGACUUUAGAGUUUAGAUGUUUCUUCUCAUGUCAACAAGGAACGUGUCUUUGUUCUUGUGAGUCCCAUGGCGGACAGAGGAGCGGAUGAUUCACCCACGAAGGGGAAGUUGUUUUGGAAAGCUGUUUAUAAAGGGAUUGAUGACAAACAAUGUUGUCUUUGGUCCUGGAGACGGUGGAUAUUUGUUGUUUUUAAAGGCGGGAAAACAGAAACUGCUGUCAUUUUCCUGCUGUCAGGAGCCUAAAACUCUAUGAGAGAGCCCCACUCCAGUCAUCCUGGGACUAGCUGAAACUUUCAAACCGCAGGUGCGUCCAUCCAUCUCACGACGAAGUGCAACAACUCGACACUGGAGGACAAUACAUUUCAUCAAGACUUGCAAACUGAAUCACGCACUCUUUGAUGCACAUCGUCGUCGCCACUGAAUCGCACCAGUGCCCACAGACUUGUAAGUGAUUGUACCUCGAUUUCUGCUGUUGGCUUUUUCAACCACGGUGAGUUCUUCUGACCCGAUGGCAAAAAGGGACGAUCCAAAAAGAAACGACUUACAGAAGAAGAAGAAAAAAAAACAGAACAAGUCCAAGGCUUAUUAUAUGUCUUUGUUUUUUUGGAGAAAAAAAAAAGUAUAUUUUGAUGCGUGGAAUGUGUUUUGAUCAGGAAGUACAAAAACAUUGUUCUGAGCUGUCUGUUUUUUUGUUUCCUCUCAGCAAAUUUGAAUAGAAGAAUAAGUGCAGUGCUGUUUGUUUUUGCAUUUUCACACCACCCGGUUUGUUUAUUUGCCUAGUUUUGCUUCAUCCCCUCACUAAGUUAAGUCCAUGUGUUAUCACGACUUGAUCUGUCAAACUGAGGUGAAACCAUCGCAGCAGCAGCAGCAGCUUUAGUACAAGCCUUAUAUGUCGGAGCAAACACCAACAAUAUCCCCAAGACAACACACCCCUAAAUGAGCAACUCUGCACUUGCACCAUUCCGAAUGGUGACGUCACGAGGGGUGAAAAUAAUGGCUGCCUUUUAUGAGAUGAGACCAUUUCAUAUAUUUAACGUUAAGGGUACUGUUUAUUCUACUUGUUUUAUAAAGUGCCAAUUAAUUCAAAUUAAACCAUUAAGGUGCAUUUUUGAAGGGAAUAAAAUUAACAAUAUUUUGUGGAGGAAGGUCGGGGUGGUAAAACAGAACCCUUUUUUUUAACUAACACUCUAUUAAUAAUGUCAGUUGUUUAGAUGCAUUUCUGUUUGUUACCUUUAAGAUCAGCAACAUGUCGUGCAUAUAGAGAACUCAAGCGAACCACAGACACAUUAGGUUUUCGUUCCUUAGGAUACAGUAAUGGCUACUGAAUGACAAAUAAGAAACAUUAAAACAUUUAAAAAAAAAGUUUUAUUUAAUAUAAAUAAGAGACAUUAUUAAAAAUGUAUAUUUUACAUGUUCAUACUAUUUUUGUUUAUCAAAAAUGAAAGUUUAUCAUGAGAGAGCUUUAGAGUGGAGUUUUACUGUCUGUUUAUUUCCUGAACCCUGCCGUCCCAUGGCAGAAACACGAACCAACAAAGCGCUCUGUGUUUUUUCUCAUGACAUCCCCAGUUUUUGAUUUGCUGGCGAAAUAACAAGCGGCAAGUUGAUUAAAAAGAAAGCAUGCCGAAACUUGCGCUAUCUGUUAGCGUUUUUUUUUUUUUUUUUUCCAUCCAUAGGACAGGAUUUACUUGAUAAUUUACAGAAGAUUUACGAUGUACAGUAUUUAAUAUAGGCCUAUUUUGAUGUAUGUGUUGCAUAUUAUUCAAAACUGAACAAACUGGGGCCUCUGUUACAAGUGGCGAAGCUUUCUGUGUAUAAU